AUGUCUUCCAACAUCAUCUCUGCCACUGUCGCUGCCGAUAGCGCUCAGUUCCAGGUGUUCCCGAACGAAAUCCUCAUCAAGAUCAUGGUCUACCUUCUGGCCAGGCCAGAUGGCAGCGCCAUGGGCGACGUCGACCACAAGCACUUCCCCCUCUUGUUCAUCAUGGGCAUGUUCAAGAAGAUGCGCUACAUCUCACGGACUUUCAACGACCUUGCGAUCAUGGCCUUUUACGAGGCAAACAAGUUCAAAUUCAUAAUCCCACAUCUGGCUACGUCGUCCUCCGGCCAAGUCCGCAUGAACGACCACGUCAACGUUCGGUCUGCUCUUCUCCCGCCCAUGGCUGUCCGCGGCUACUUGCGACACAUCAGCAUCGACUUGGUCCUUCAGGACCACUUCAAAACUUCCGAUCCUUCGAAGCCCAACAACAGCAGCUUGUCGAUCGAAAGGUUCUUUGCCAACCCCUCCCAGCUCUUUGCGUACUCGCCCUGUGCCCGCCAGCUCCGCGACCUCACCCAGUCCAUGUUUGGUCUCGAAGUCUUGAACCUCAACAUCACCACCUGGUUCGUCCGGCCAGACCGCAAGGCAGCAAUUGCUGUCUUCAAGGCCGCAAAGUUCGAGGUGAAAGCCGGCAAGGUCAACGUGGUGAUCAAAGACCACAUCGAGCGCGCUACUCAAGAGUGGCAUUCUGAGUUGGUUCAAGCCAUCACCGGGCAGUAG